AAUUCAUUGGUCCAUAUUGUUCACUCUUCAGCCUCCAAAUUUGGUUAAGCCCGUUUUACAUAUUGAACAAGCUGUUCUUUUUGGCUCCUUGUAUCGCUUUUGCUCUUCUGUUUCUUUGUCCCGGAAAGCAGGGAAAGGAGAGAAAAGAAAGAGAUGGAAAAAGAUCAGUGCCAUCCUUCGCUGAGGGGAGGGAGAAGAGAAACAAAAUACAGCCAUGGUUUUUCUUCAUCAGAAUUGGAGGCUUUAACUGGUAUUUGUGAGGCCUUUAUACCACCUUUGCCGUCGAAUAAUUCUCCAGAGAUCGUUGGGAAAGAUGGCAAAACUAAAGAAGCUAUUCAGUCUUUUUACAAAUCUUCAGGCGCUCAGUACCCAAUCCCUGACGAGGUUGCUGAACUUGCGGUGAAGAGAGGGUUUCUUGAGGCUGUGAUCUUGGUAAGAAUCCUGUUGAUAAUUCUUUCAACAAGGCUGGGGACUUUGUUGCUAAGUGGUACCCUGUGUUUUGGUGAAAAAUGGCCAUACAUCAACAAGUUUUCAGACAUCCCAGUUGAAAACAGAGAGAAAAUUAUCCAGAAAUGGUUCAAGCAUAGGUUCCUUACUCCCAUCAGGCUGCCAUUUGUAUUUAUCAAGUUCUUGUGUCUUUACGCCUUCUUCACUCAGGUAUGGGAUGAUUUAAAAAAUCCAGCAUGGGAAGCCAUGGACUAUCAGGUGGAUAAUCGCAAGGACUCAUCAACUACGCCACAUGAGAAACCUCUAAUGAAAGGUAUGGUAGAGACCACGCACGAAACUGAGUCGACCAUCGUCAGUUCCCUAGUCCAGAAAGGCCUCAGAGUCAAGGAGGAUCCUAAAGAGAAGCUCUACAAGAUCAAAUGUGAUGUAGUAAUAGUUGGUUCAGGGUGUGGUGGAGGAGUUGCGGCUGCUGUUCUUGCAAAAUCUGGCCAGAAAGUAGUUGUCAUCGAGAAAGGAAAUUAUUUCACUAAGACAGACUACUCUUCCCUAGAAGGACCCUCCAUGAAUGAAUUAUAUGAAUCAGGAGGAAUCCUUGCAACGCUGGAUGGAAAGAUGAUGAUGCUAGCAGGAUCAACAGUAGGGGGUGGCUCUGCUGUUAAUUGGUCAGCUUGCAUCAAAACACCUAUGUCUGUGCUCCAGGAAUGGGCCAAUGAUUGCCAAAUUCCACUUUUCACAAGUUCCCAAUAUACAUCUGCCAUGGAUACAGUUUCUCAAAGAAUUGGUGUUACAGAGAAAUGUAGUGAAGAGGGGUUCCAGAACCAGAUCCUCCGUCGGGGUUGUGAAAAGCUUGGGCUUGAAGUUGAAUCUGUGCCAAGGAACUCCUCGGAAAACCACUACUGUGGUUCUUGUAACUAUGGUUGUAGAACAGGAGAUAAAAAAGGAACUGAUUCAACUUGGCUGGUGGAUGCUGUGGCUUGUGGUGCAGUGAUUAUAACAGGAUGCAAAACUGAGAAGUUUGUACUCGAAAAGAAUAAAUAUGGGAGAUCAAGAAAGAGUAAAUGUUUGGGAGUGAUUGCCAAGUGUUUGAAUGGAGAUAUCAGAAACAGACUAUGCAUUGAAGCAAAAGUGACAAUCUCAGCAUGUGGAUCUCUUUUGACUCCUCCUCUAAUGAUCUCUAGUGGUCUGACGAAUCAACAUAUUGGAAGGAAUCUUCAUCUACAUCCAGUAUUAAUGGCUUGGGGAUACUUUCCAGAGUCCGAUUCAGAACUUAAGGGAAAAAUCUACGAGGGAGGCAUUAUCACCUCUGUCCAUAAAGUGGGAUCGGAUGAUUCCAGUGUAAGAGCCCUUAUAGAAUCGCCUGCUUUAGGACCAGCAUCAUUUGCAGCAUUACGCCCUUGGGAAUCCGGGCUUGAAUCAAAGAAAAGGAUACUGAAGUAUGCCAGAACUGCUCAUUUGUUUUCGAUGAUUAGAGACAGAGGAUCAGGAGAAGUCAGGUCAGAGGGAAGGAUAAGCUAUACAUUCGAUGCAACAGACAAAGAGAACCUCACGGCAGGGUUGCGUCAAGCAUUGAGGAUUUUGGUAGCAGCAGGAGCUGUUGAAGUAGGUACACUUCAGAGCAAUGGACAGAAAUUCAAGUGCAAGGGUACUAGUGAAAGAGAACUAGAAGAGUUUCUUGAUGAAGUUACGGCAGCAGGGGGACCAAAAUCUUUAGUACAGAAUUGGACAACAUAUUUUUCUGCACACCAAAUGGGGAGUUGCAGAAUGGGGAAGAGUGAAAAAGUCGGUGCAGUGGAUGAGAAUGGAGAGAGUUGGGAGGCAGAAGGUCUAUUUGUUUGUGAUGCUAGUGUUCUGCCAGGUGCUGUUGGUGUCAAUCCAAUGAUCACUAUCCAGUCAACAGCAUAUUGCCUCUCGAAUAAGAUAGCAGAGAUUUUGAAAGAACGAAAGUUCUCAGAUUGAGCUAAUUUUUCUUGCCUUUCUGCUUUGAUGUUGUUAGAACAGACAACAUUAGAGUGUUGCAUGUAAGAAGCACAGAAGAAACCUAAACUUAUAAAGAAACAAAAAGCAUCCAUUUGUAGCAACAAUUUUCAGUUUUGAUUCGUCAAGUUUGUAAAUUAAAUGGAUCAGCUAUCAAUUAUUCUACUUCGCUGUUAGCAUUUAA